AUGAAGAAGAAAUCCAUGAAUACCCUCGCCAAUCUGGCGUCUCGUCGCCGCGAUAAGGGUAGCGAGAAGAACAAAGACGCAGAAGCCAAAGUGGCUGCGCUUCCCUCGUUGCCUGCGAGCACCAGCGCAUUGGGGCCUCCCAUGAGCGCCCCUGCCUUGACAGGCAACCAAGAUCAAACUGUCCACCGCUUGGCUAGCGAGCUCUUGGAAAGCACCAUAUACAACCAUCCAAACGGCCUCCGGAGCCAUCCUUCGGUUUUCCUCUGUGCUACGGAGCCAAUGGUGUUCUCUUCCUACUCCUCGGGACAGAUGUCCAAGAUGACUCCUAGCUCUCACGAUCUAAAUAUUGGUCUUCCGUCGGACCAGAACGAUGCCCAGUCUUAUGCCCAAACUCCCUCGGCAGAUCACCCUAAGCCCGGCAUCCCUCGCAAGUCUUCACGUCGGCGACGGGGCAAACGCGCGAAUAACGUCGACGCGGAGACUCGCCCCGCGAACCAUCCCUUCCCACAGUCGAAAACUACAAUUCUUGAUGUCGGCAACAGACAUGGAUUUCUCUUGUCCGGUUCGAAGACGGCUCCACUCGGCGGAACGGUCAAGCAGGCUGCUGGUCGGAUGCCUAGCACCACCCCUGAUGCUGUCAACUUCAACUUGGUGAACGACAAAGUAGCUGCGAUGCUGGCUGCCACUGAGGCUCUGAAACCUCGCGGCUCUCAGGAGAGCACCCCGAAGACCCCAAAACCUCCACGAAAUCGUCGCAAGAAGGUUAUGUCCAAAGUUCGCCAGGCGUUUGACAUUUUCCAGUCAAAGCCGAAGACUCCUGAGUCCAAGAUCAGAGGCAAGAUCUCGGCACCAGUUGCUCUCACGACCUGCGACUUGCCCAACCCAGCGGCGCAUUACCAUCUGGAAAAGGUUGAGGAGUCUUCUCCUGCCGAUUCCGUCGAUCUCGGCGUAACCGAUGACUACAAUACGGUUGGCAGCCGCAAGAUGAAGAAGUCACAAACGAUCAUCGGAGGAUGUAUCCUCCGAAAGCCUAAUUCUAAGGACGGGAGCGCCGCAUCCUCUGACGACCCUUUUUCAGAGGCAUACGAGAUCAUUCGUACCCCCACUCCCUUCGAGCAUCGAUUAAAAACCAGCGAGGACUCGACGGAUGAUAUACCGCCGGUCCCGGCCCUCAAUCCCUUCGCAUCCGAGCGAAACUUCGAUGCCGAUCUCGAAGGAAUGCUUUCCGAGAAGCCCCUCUGCGCUUCCACCCCUCGCACCCGUACUGACCGCAAAGCUGUUUCUCAUGAUAGUCCUUCAAAGAGAUACACCAAGGGAGGCGAUCGCCAUCUAGCGACCCUGAAAGAGGCGGAGAGUAGCACUGGUGCUCGUGCCAUUACCCCGCGGAAGCUGAAACUAACUGGCGGCUUGAGACUGUUCCGCGACCAACCCGAGUUGAGCGUGAAGAAGCACCCGUCUCCCAGCAAGGCGGACCUAAACGAUUUGGAGACUCGGUUCCGUGCUUAUGCGAUUGAGCAGAUCAAGAAAGCGCCGGUCGAAGAGCGCGAGGCACUGGAGAUCAAGUUCGCGGGUCUCAUCGGACCCAAUGCACUGACCCCACGCGACCAGAACAUUCCGAUGAAGUCGUGUGCCUCCAAGUAUACCGCAGACGAGUCCAGUGCCAUGGCGGAGCGUCAGUACACUCGAGAAUCCUCUGGUUUGUCGUCCACGCAAUCUCGCAUUCCUCGCCCUGUCGGGCCGACGGCCAUCAGAGUCCCAUACGCCCCCCGAUUCGCACCUCAGCACCAGCCGACCAACUUCGACGCUUUGGAGAUUGACGAGCUUCAGUAG